AUGGAUAGGUCACCGCGACCUGAGCUCAUGCGCUCUCCUCACUCCGACUCCAGCGAUCGCUCUGGGUGCAGCUCUGGGAGUGCUCCGGAAGGAGUGGGAAAGGAGGACGUCAUGAUCACUUUGUCGCUCUCCCCCGAAACAUCCGCGCUCCCUCGGACCCGAUCUCCUUUGGCUCGAUCGCAUCUGCGCUCGCGGUCACUAGUUGGUAUCCCUGGCAUGCCAUCGAUGACGCGCGCCUAUUCUUCUCCAGGGCUGGACUCCCGGGGACGAUAUAUCUUCGUCAACGGCCGCGGGGGUUCCGCACCUUCGAUGGAUGGCGCAAAACGACCCAUGAUGCCCUUUCAGAUGCGCGCCGACGAUCACAUCGAGACCCGUCUGGGGUCACUCAACAUUUCCGAGACCAUCUCUGAGAAUGCAGAGCUCGAGACCAUCCCGCGAUCCCCCACCUCCCAGCCCGGCUCCUCACCGGUGCUCAUGCCGCAGACUUUCCCCCGCCAGCCCAUCAGCAGUCCGCCUAUCUACAACUUGCCGCCCAUGCUAGGCGGCAAGUACAACGAGUCAUAUCCAAUUCACUCUGCAUCUUCCACCUCCUCCAUGCCCUCCACCCCGACCAGUCUGCGAUCGCGAAGUCCCAGUAUCUCGUCGCUCGAAACCAUUCCCGACAUUCCUGACGAAGAGGAGGAGGCUAUCGAGGAAGACGAUCGUAUCGCUGAGCUCAAGGCUGCCGCCGAUGCCGCCGAUGCCGCGGGCAACGGCAACCGCCGACGCGGGGCCUUGGAUACAUCACCAUCGACGGCAUUCAACACCAUGCGCGGCGGAUCCAACGUUUACACCACACGCAGCGAUAAGCGCAAGCGAUGGAGUGUCUGCGGCGCUGAGCGACGCCAGGAUCUGGACUUGGAGACUAUCUGGGAAGAUUGA